GCAAAAAUCAAGAAAGUGUGAACACACAUGUGCAUCAUGAUGAUGAUGGUCUGAAGACACCAUCUCUGAGACCACAUGGUAAUGGGGAAGCUAAAGAAAUUACCACCCUGCAAAAACCAAAGCUCUGCAAGCAUUCUUUCCAAUACAUGUCAAAGCACAUAUCAGUAUACAUUAAUGAACAAGGUUUGAUCAUGAAGGUUGAUCAAGAUGUUACAAUUCCGGAAAUUUCAGAUGAAAUUCAAAAAUGGCUUAUAUAG